CCGUAGAAAAACGCAAUGAGAGUGGUCCGAUGGUGUCUGGCGAGGUUUUACAGAGGGUUUAGGGAUCUAAGUUCUACAUCAGAGAGUGAGACGCGAAAAGCAGGGGACAUGGCAGCUUCCAUGGCGGGAAGAGCAACACCUACGCUUCUGCGUGCAGCAUGGAGAACACCAUCGACGAAUUCGGUAAUAGCUAGAGCGACAACAACGAAAAGAAUUUCAGUCUCCCUUCCGACACCUUCGUUGUCGUCGAAUCUAAUGCUCCGUCAGUCUCGAAUCUCCGCUUCUCCUUCCAGGUUGGUACGACGUGAAUUGAGCACAUUCCUGCCGGUUCAUUCUGCGAUUGCAUCCGCUUGCCUUGUCUCUAAGCUACCUUCGGAAUUCACCCCCUCGACUGAAGGUAGAUUUGCCAACUAUGUCAGUCCUAUCUAGUAUGACUGCUAGCAGAGAUGAAGAGUUUUCUUCUCUUGUUCUUGAAUGGCUAAAUAUAAGGAGGAAAUGGAGAUUCAGUUCACACAGUUAUUCAUAUUUUAAUUUUAUUAUUUAAUGGCCAGUCUUAAGCCAUCGUCUGAAACACUCUGAUGAGGAGGAUUUUUUUUGUUUCGUACUAUUAAUAUCUUUGAUUUAUUUGAGGUUUUAAAUUAGGAUGAAAUAGUGCAAAGGAUGCCAGGUAUGUGCAACUUUUGAUAUUAAAUUAUUAAUAAUAAGUUUAGUUUGAUGUA